AUGUCCGCCGACGUGAUAACGCCAGCAAUCCUCGAAUAUAUCGACCAUAACGCCUACCCCGAAUCCGAAGCCAUCUCCUCUGCUUCGCUUUCCUCUUCUACCCUCGAUCAGCUUCAGGCCUCUCUCCGCGAAGAACAGGAUGCUGCGAAACAAGAGCUUUCCGCGCUCAGCCGGGAGUCCGCUCCAGAUAUCGACACGUGGAUACAGCGAGCGAAAGAGCUGCAAGCGGACAUUCUGAGAAGUCGAGAGACGGCGAGGCAGAUUGUGGAAGAAGCGGAGCUGGGAGAGAGUGUCAGGAAAGAGCUCAGGGAGAAGGAGGAGAAGGUGAAAUUCCUGGAGAGGGAGGUCAAGUUCAAUGAGUCGUUGGCGAGGAGGUUAGAGGGCGUUGGGGCCGUGAAGAGUUUGGUUGCGGAAGGAAGGCAGAAUGUGGUUGAUGGGCAGUUCGAGAGUGCAUUGGAGAGCCUUGCACAGGCUGAGGAAGGCCUUGGAGACAUCGGUACCGACGAGACAGGAGUGGGAGGAUUGCUGGGUGGGAAAGUGGAGGGUCUGCGGAGCAUGCUGAAAGAGGCGGUACUGGAGAAAUGGAAUCGAACUGUCGUGAUCGACAUCGAAGGGCAUAAAGCGGCGUUUGAAAGGACGGAGGAACUACCGAUGCUGGUGAAUCUUGCGAAAGGGUUGGAGCUAUUCGACAAUUUGGUGGACAAGUUGGCCAGAGAUUUUGACAGAGCCAUCGUCAAGCCCAGGCUACACGUCGGACGUAGCGGCGUGCACAGAAUCGCGGUUGACCAGGCUGGUCUUAGAUGCGAGCAAACUCACGACGAGGAUGGUUCUCACGCUGCGCAUCAAGAUCUCAAAACCACGCUGAGGCUUCUCUCCGCGAAGCUGCCGCAAACUGUGGCUCUACCACUAUCGCAGACACUCAUACCGUCGAUGACAUCUCGACUUGAGGACGAGUGGCUCGAUGCGACAGUCCCUCUGGAGAUCGCAGACAUGCCCUCCUUUCAGGCUGUUCUUGCCGAUGUCGUUGGCCUGGCAGAUUACAUCGAUGAAUUGGGAUGGCAUGGCAGUCAAUCUUUGCGCCAAUGGGUCUCUAACGCGCCAAAAACAUGGCUCACAAAAAGACGCGAGACGACUUUGAGCGAUGUCCGCAAUCUCGUGUUCGUUGGACUUCGAGAGACCAAGACCGUGGAGCGUGUCGAGACGCAGAUGGUUAGCAAAGAGGAUGCCGUGAAUGGAGGCGGUGAAGACGACUGGGAUACUGCCUGGGACGAGCCGGAGCUUUCAUCACCUCAAAAGGCUCCACCUCCCGUACAAGACGCAGACGAAGAUGAGGAUGCAAGUGCAUGGGAGGCUGACUUUGAAGACGAAACCGCAAAGCCAGAUGCCGGUGAUGAAGACGAAGCUUGGGGUUGGGGCGGCGACGAGGAGACCAAACAGCCCAAGUCCAGCAGCCCGGAGGUGACGAGCAAGGAUGCGUGGAAGUUCAACGCGACAGAAAGCGUUGUCUCUGAUCAGCCUGCUGAGCGGGAGAUGACACUUCGCGAGACUUUCACAGUAACCGCCGUUCCAGACGGGAUUCAAGAUCUGAUCAAACAGGUGAUAGUCGAUGCCGAGACGCUUGCCGGCCCUGAGUACUCUUCUUCGCCUAUCGCUCCAGCUGCCAACGCACUCUAUACCUUGCCUACCCUGGCGCUCGCCAUCUACCGCGCCACGGCUACAACAGCGUACGCCAAGCUGCCAACAGGCAAUAUGCUCAUCUACAACGACUCCUCUCGCCUCGCCGACCAGCUCCGCGCUUGGCAAGCUUCUCAACCAUCUGCAUCACGCCUUCGCCUCGACAACGAUGUCACUGCACUGGAAGCCUUUGCCAAACGAGCAUACAGCAACGAAAUGGAGUCUCAACGAACCAUCCUCCGUGAUCUCCUCGAAGGCGCCCAAGGCUUCAGCAACUGCUCUAUCGCUCCUUUCAAGGCCGAGUGUGAAAGCGCCGUCGAACAAACCGUGCAUCGCCUCCGUGAAGUGCACAAGCAGUGGACGCCCAUCCUAUCCUCCUCCGCACUGCUGCAAUCGAUCGGCAGCCUGCUCGGCACCGUGACUGGCAAGAUGAUCACCGAGAUUCAAGACCUCCCCGACAUCGGCGAUGCGGAUAGCAAAGCGCUCAAGAAUCUGUGCGAUGCCACGAGUGAAAUCAAGGACUUGUUUGCACAGCAGGCACCAGAUGGCACUUCGAAGGAUAUGACGUUUGUGUAUUGUCCGAACUGGCUGAAGUUUCAGUACUUGGCUGAGAUCAUGGAGAGCAGUCUUGCGGACAUCAAGUAUUUGUGGGGAGAGGGAGAGCUCAGCCUGGAGUUCGAAGCGGAAGAGGUUGUUGGAUUGAUUGAAGCGCUCUUCGCGGAGAGUGGCCUGAGGAGGAGCGCUAUCGCGGAGAUUAGGGGAGGAGGCAGGAGAUAA